AUGUACACUCAUUUUCAAAUGCCAUCAGCACCGCGUGUCCACCAGCUACAAGACAUCAUCAAAUUUAAUUCAAAUUGUCCAGCCAAGAUGCAGAUGCUCACAAAGUUUGAGUCCAAGUCCAAUAGGGUCAAAUCAAUUGCUUUCCACCCCAAGCUUACCCUUUUACUAUUAGCAGCAUCACUUCAUUCAGGAAGUAUCCAAAUGUGGAACUUUCAGAUGCUGUUUGAUUGUGUAUUGAUCUUGCGACUUUCAGGUCCGGUUUGGGGGAUUGCCUUUCAUCCAAGUAAACCACUAUUUGUGUCAGGUGGAGAUGACUACAAAACCAAGGUCUGGAAUUGCAAACAACAACGGUGCUCAUUUCAUCGUAAACAUCCAUGGAUCCCUUCUGCCUCUGAUGACCAGACAAUUUGUAUAUGGAAUUGGCAAUCUCAUCAAUGUAGUGCUACCUUGACCGGUCAUGAUCAUUACAUUAUGUGUGCCGAGUGUCAUCCCGAAGACAACUACACCCUAUCUUGUUCAAUGGACCAAACCCUCCGUGUAUGGGACAGCGCCGGUCUUCAAAAGAAAACUACAAUGGUUCAGCCUAUGUCAUUCGAAGACCAGGUCCAACAUGCAAAUUCAGGCCAAGCAGAACUGUUUGGUGAUAAGGGUGUGGUGGUCAAAUACGUCCUCAAGUGUCACGAUUGUGGUGUGAUUUGGGCGACUUUCCGUCCUACUUUACCAGUAAUCAAAGAAGCUCUUAAGAUCAAUGAACAAGGUAAAGAACCAGCCAUAGCGAACGGACAGGAAUCUUCAACAUUGAUUGAACAACAAACAACCGCGGAUGAAAAAGAACGAGCCGUCAAAAAGGAACAGCAAGUUCGGAUAUACAGAACCCACAGUCCAAAAGACCAGUCACUGGAGAGGGCUCCUCUUGAAUCGAAUGGAGGCUCAUCACGUGCCUAG